CUGUGGUCCAGAGACAGAGGAAAGGAUGUGACUGGAGCCCCUCUCUCUCUCUCGUGCCCAUCGGCCCUUCUCUCGGUCCACCGUGUGUUUGUGUCCCUCCUGCCUUUUACCGUCCAAAUGGAGCUCGGUGGAAAUUAGCAGGCGGGUACCUCUUCGAGUUCUCAUCCAUACUUUUGGAGAAUGAUCCACCGACAGAUUAUUUUAUCCCAGGUUUUGGUCUGCUUUGGGUUGACUGGUCAUUAUGCUGAUGCAACUCUGUAGUAUCAAGAACUUGUACCAGAAUCGGUUCCUGGGCCUGGCUGCCAUGGCCUCACCGACCCGCAGCAGCCAGACCCGCCAGCGCUGCAAGGACGCGGUUCGUCACAGCUACGGCCCAGACACAUACGCAGUCAACGGUCUGAACCAGGACGCCUUCAUGCUGGGGCUGUCACGGUCCACCAGCGACACUGAUCUAGUUUCCCCAGACGCUCGCUCCACCCUCACCAUCAGCUCCUCCCACUAUACCAUAGGCCAGUCUGAAGAUCUGGUGAUCACAUGGGACAUCAAGGAGGAAGUGGAUGCUGGAGACUGGAUCGGGAUGUAUCUUGUUGAUGAGGCUUUGUCUGAGAACUUUCUGGACUACAAGAACCGCGGCAUCAACGGAUCUCACAAAGGACAGAUCGUUUGGAAAAUUGACUCCAGCUCCAACUUCAGUGACUCUGAGACCCAGGUCUGCUUCAGGUACUAUCACGGUGUGACUGGAGCACUGAGAGCAACCACGCCCAGCGUGACCAUCAAGAACGGCCCCACACCCGUAUUAAAACCAGUGGUUAGUCCCGAGGUCAACCAUGGACUGGGAAACAGGCGACUCAUUAACUUUUCCCUGUCAGACAUCCAGGCAGUUGGUUUGAAGAAGGGGAUGUUCUUCAAUCCCGACCCUUACCUGAAGCUCUCCAUCCAGCCUGGAAAACACAGCAUCUUCCCCUCACUGCCACAUCACGGGCAGGAGAAACGCUCCGGAGUGGUCUGCAACACAGUCAACCCACAAUGGAGUGCAGAGAGAUUUACCUUUGUUUCUCUGCCCACUGACGUCCUGGAGAUCGAAGUGAAGGACAAGUUUGCCAAGAGUCGGCCAAUCAUCAAGCGCUUCCUGGGGAAGCUUUCCGUCCCCGUCCAGAGGCUGCUGGAAAAACACGCCAUUGGGGAUCGGGUAGUGAGUUAUUCACUGGGUCGCAGGUUGCCAACAGAUCAUGUCUGCGGCCAGCUGCAGUUCCGCUUUGAGCUGACAUCAUCUAUUCACCCAGAUGAUGAGGAGGUGUCUCUGGUCAUCGAGGCAGCCUGUCCUGAGAGGGAAAAUGCAGCCAAUGAAAACCAUGCUGCUGCAGAGGCACCUGAUGAUGACACACUAAGCGUGGGACCCGACAUGCCUGACCUCCCCCUGGAUGCCCCUCCCAACCCUGAGACCUCUGCACCACCGGCCUCCACAGCAGAAACCUCCGCACCUGUGGAGGUCCAACCUGCUGAGAAGGAGGAGGCUGAGGCAACAGCAGAUGAGGAGCAAGGAACCAUGGAGGAUGAGAGCACAGUGAGGGAGGAGCCCCAGGUAGAACAGGAGGAGGGGACACUGGCUGAACAGCAGGAGGAGAACAAUGGAGCCGAGGGAGAGGAGGGAGGAAGGGAGGAGAGGCAGCAGGAGGAAGAAGAGGACGGGCAGAGAGCAGAGUCUGCACCACAAGCUGAGGAGGAGGUGACAUUAGCAGAAAAGCAGGUUGGGGAGGAAACAGAGCCAAAGGCAGACUCUGACACUCCUGCAGGAGUAACAACAAACGCUGAGGCUGGUACUGUGGAGGCCCCCACAGAGGGAAACAUCAGAUCCCAGGAGGCUGCUGUAGUACCAGCUGAAGCAGCCCCACAGGAGGUGACAGAGGGAGGAGAAAGAAGCUGCGUCCCCUGCACCUGCCAGUCCCUCUUUUCUAACUACAACUCCCAUGCUCCCUCACGCCGCAAAAACCGCCCCUGUUCCCUCCCAGUAUCAGAGCUGGAGACAGUGAUCGCAUCGGCCUGCGGUGAACCGGAGACACCCCGAUCCCAUUACAUCCGCAUACACCACCUCCUCCACAGCCUCCCAUCAGCCCAACAACGAGCUCCCAGCCAGGAGGAGGAGGAGGAGACCAGGGAGGGAGAGAAUACGAGUAUCACUCAAGAUACCACCUCCACAUCACCAACACUUAAAACCUCCAAAGAGGAGGAGGGGCAAGAGGAGGAGGACGAGGAGGAUACAACCCAGUCUCCUUCUCAGGUCCCAGAGUGUCCGGGCCCCUGCUGCCGACGCUCCCUACCCCGCAGCCUCUCCAUUGAACGCCUCUCUGAGCUGAACCAGCUCCUGGAGGGUGAGGGAGUGGGACAUGCAGCAGUCAGGAGGAUCUCUCCCUCCUGCCUGGAGAUUGAGGAGGGGGAUUCCAGUAACGGAGGAGGAGGAAGAAGGGUCGGUGGGAGCACACACAGACAUCCCGGCGAGAACGAGUGUGAGUUUUGCGACACCUCCUGCUACAGCACCUCCUGCUACAGCACCUCAUGUUACAGCACGUCGUGCUACAGCAACUCAGGCUACGAGGGGAGGAACCGCUUCUGCAGCCACACCCGCCUCUCCUCGGUGGACAGCAACAGACUGUCCGGCAGCACCGUCUUCUCCUCCCAGGACGAAGAUGAAGAUGAGGAGAGCGCCUUCGAGUCGGUGCCCGACGUCGGCCAGACACCGGAAGGCCAGGAGGCAGGCGGGGUUGGAGGAGAGAGAAGGACAGGGAGGUGGAAGGAGGCCAGGAGAGGAGAGCACGGGGAGCCAGCUGUGGCAGGACCCAGCGACCGGAACAGCUUCGGCUCAGACUUCUCCCCUCCUGUUGGCCAUCUUCCAGUCCUGCGACCCAGCCAUGACCUAAACCAUUUUCCUGCUGCCACUGACCAAGCCUUACCUCCAAACUGGGAAGCUCGUAUCGACAGCCACGGCAGAGUUUUCUACGUCGACCACGUCAACCGGACCACGACGUGGCAGAGGCCGAACCAAGGCGGCAAGUGUAACCACGGCAUCCCCCGCUCAGGAUCCACCCAGCAGAUGGAACAACUCAACAGGAGGUACCAGAACAUUCAGAGGACCAUGGCCACAGAGGAGGACUGUGGGAAUCCGAGGCUAGAGCGGAGCAGCAGUACAGAGACUGAUCCGGAUGCUCCUCCGUCAGGCCCCGCCUCCCCUGUCAAUCAUCAGAAGAUCAGCCAUCUCCUCCAAUCACCUGCCGUCAAGUUCAUCACACACCCAGAAUUCUUCACUGUGUUGCACAGUAACUAUGCAGCGUACCGGAUGUUCACCAGCAGCAGCUGUGUGAAGCACAUGAUCCUGAAGGUGCGUCGCGACGCCAGAAACUUCGAGCGCUACCAGCACAACCGAGACCUGGUGGUGUUCCUCAACAAGUUUGCAGACAUCCAGCUGGAGCUGCCGCGAGGGUGGGAGAUCAAGACUGACCCCCAGGGCAAGUCUUUCUUUGUGGACCACAACAGUCGAGCGACAACCUUCAUCGACCCUCGCAUCCCUCUGCAGAACGGCCGGCUGCCCGGCCACCUCGCCCACAGGCAACAUCUGCAGAGACUACGCAGCUACAGCGCCGGGGAGGCCUCUGACGUGUCCAGGAGUCGUGGGGCUUCUCUGAUGGCCAGACCCGGAAACAGUCUGGUAGCCGCCAUACGGAGCCAGCAUCACGGUGACUCACAACAACUGACCACUCCAUCUUACAAUGACAAGAUAGUGGCGUUCCUUCGACAGCCCAACAUAUUCGACAUGUUGCAGGAGAGACAGCCGAGCCUGAGCAGAAACCACGCGCUGAGGGAGAAAAUCCACUACAUUCGGACAGAAGGCACUCAGGGGGUGGAGAAGCUGUCAUGUGAUGCAGACCUGGUCAUCCUGUUAAGUUUGUAUGAAGAGGAAAUCAUGUCGUAUGUUCCGCCUCACCCCAUCCACCCCGGCUUCAGCUUCUCUCCUCGCUGCUCCCCCGCCUCCUCACCACAGAACUCUCCAGGCCUGCAGAGGGCCAGGGCUCCAGCUCCUUACCGCAGAGACUUCGAAGCCAAACUAAGAAACUUCUACAGGAAGUUGGAAGCCAAGGGCUACGGCCAGGGACCGGGCAAGAUCAAGUUGCUGAUCAGGAGGGAACACUUGCUGGAGGGAACCUUCAACCAGGUGAUGGCGUACUCCCGCAAAGAGCUGCAGAGGAACAAACUCUACGUCACUUUCCUGGGAGAGGAAGGAUUGGACUACAGUGGUCCCUCCAGAGAGUUCUUCUUCCUCUUGUCUCAGGAGCUGUUCAAUCCAUACUACGGCCUGUUUGAAUACUCAGCUAAUGAUACGUACACCGUUCAGAUCAGCCCCAUGUCCGCAUUUGUUGAGAACCAUCUGGAAUGGUUCCGUUUCAGUGGUCGUAUCCUGGGCCUGGCUCUGAUCCAUCAGUACCUUCUGGAUGCUUUCUUCACCAGACCCUUCUACAAGGCCCUGCUCCGACUGCCCACAGACCUGUCUGAUCUGGAGUAUCUGGACGAGGAGUUCCACCAGUCUCUGCAGUGGAUGAAAGACAACGACAUCACUGACAUCCUGGACCUCACCUUCACCGUCAACGAGGAGGUCUUUGGCCAGGUGACGGAGCGGGAACUGAAGUCGGGUGGCUCGCACCUCCAAGUGACCGAGAAGAACAAGAAGGAUUAUAUUGAACGAAUGACCAAGUGGAGGGUGGAGAGAGGGGUGGUGCAGCAGACAGAAGCACUGGUCAGAGGCUUCUACGAGGUGGUGGACUCCAGGCUGGUGUCUGUGUUCGAUGCACGGGAGCUGGAGCUGGUUAUCGCCGGUACAGUAGAGAUCGACCUCAGUGACUGGAGGAGCAACACAGAGUACAGAGGAGGUUACCACGAUGGUCACAUAGUGAUGCGGUGGUUCUGGGCCGCCGUGGAGCGUUUCAACAAUGAGCAGCGCCUCCGCCUGCUACAGUUUGUCACCGGGACGUCCAGCGUGCCCUACGAAGGCUUCGCAGCACUGCGGGGAUCCAACGGCCUCAGACGCUUCUGCAUCGAGAAGUGGGGCAAAGUCACAUCACUACCCAGAGCUCAUACCUGUUUCAACCGUCUGGAUCUGCCUCCAUACCCUUCAUACACCAUGCUGUAUGAGAAACUGCUGAUCGCGGUGGAGGAAACCAGCACUUUUGGCCUGGAGUGAGACAGACAGGACAAAUAAAUCAACACUGCAUCCCUCUCUGCGGAACACUGUCUGGGCUACAACGCGAAAAGCAAGCAACAAUCAUGGGUUUAAUACACCGAAAUGAUACCUGGAUUGUACUCGACAAAGUUUUUUGGUCAUGUGGAUAUAUGUACGUCACUGUUAUGGUACUUUGUGUUUGAGUCUCUCACUUAGCUAUGAGGAUCUUUAUGACAGCACCACAGCAGGACUACGGUUAUUUUUAUAUUUCUCACUGAGACUGGAGAAUAUGAAAAAGUACAACAGCAUUUUUUAAACAUAUUUAUAUAUAUAUGCAUACAAAAGGGUAUGUAAAAUGGUAUCAAGAUUAUUUAAAGUUGCAUGUAGCAAUAUGCAUCAUCCAUCCAAUGAUAAAUGUACUAACAAAAACUAACAGCAACGAGUAAAAUGAUAGCUACACAAUAACAGUGAAAAACAAGACCUUUACAUCAAAUGUAAGACAUUAUGACAUCCAAAUACUUCAGAACUUUUCACAAUUUAUCUUAAACUUAUUCUGCGUUGAAAUGUUGAAUUCACAGAAAAGAUUUAAGUAAUAAAGAAGGAAACAACCUAAUCUAUAGAAUGGUGUAAAACAAUAAAAAUAGAAAGAAAGAAAUACAAAUAUUUCAUAGAAACAAAUUACUACUGCACAAAUCAUGCACUUUGUGCAGCAGUGCACGUGCAAACAUGGCUUCAGGUUUGAGAUUUGGCAUGCACCCAAAGAGAAUUUAGAGAUGUUAUAUAUUACAGUUAUCCUGAAAUAUAUCAAAUGUCGUCUACUCCGAAUGAAAAAAAUGUGAAUUUGACUAAACAUGUUACAGUUUAGCAGCUUACUAAAAGUUCAUAUCUUGACGUGCAUCUUCUCUGUGAUUUCAGACAUUAAUACGAAUGAUAUGCAAAUUCCAGCACACAAAUUCUCAGGUGGUCUGCUGCUCUUAUGAAUUCAGAUAAAACUAUGAAACUAUAAAAUAUAUGUGGCUUUAAAAAAAAAAAAAAAGUUGUUCAAAUAUAAUGCAGAUUUUAAAAAAGCUUAUCAGAUGGAUGCAACGUCUGGUAGCCCUGAUGCCAAAGGAACAGUCAUGAUAAUUAGUGGACAGUCUACAUGGAUCAUUACAUAUUUUAUCUAAACUAUGGCGAGGCCAGUAGAACCUGAAGAUUGGAGACUGGGAUCUGGUACAUAAGGAGUUAAAUAUGAGUUGUAGCUUGGUCCCAGACACCAGACAUUUCAAAGUUCUUUAGGAGGGAACAAGUAUAACCAAUGUAAAGAUGUUGUUGAAGUCAAAGUCUAAGCAACAGGAAAUAAUUGAUUAGGAUAGAUUACUUUUUCCAAGACAUGAUGGUAAUUAUGAAAUCCUGCACUUUACAAUGUGAUUAAGAAGAGAGGCUAGACAAUGAGGAUCACUAUGUUUUAAUGACAGAAAUAUCUAGGUAAAGGUAAAGAAGACAAUUAAAAAAAAAAAAAAGCUUGUACAAGUACAAGAAAAUAGGGCCCAAAUAUGAUCCCUGAGGAACUGCUGAGGUGACUGACUAAUAUGAUCUACUGGGAAAAUAAGAACUAAACCACUGAGGGGAGAUGUCCGUGUCAAUAAUAGUUAAGCCAUCCAUGCACAUUCUCUUGUUGUGCUCUCAACUAUAGCAAUUAAGUUUCUUCUGAAAGCAAUGUCAAUAAUUUGAAAGCCAGUGCCGUUCAACAAGUUAACAAGCUCCUCAGCAAUGAACAGACACAAGAGAAGUGCUAAAGGUCUUUCAGGAAUUAGACAGUUUGCUUGGAAACAGGAGUGGUUGGAUCACACUGAAACUGGGCAAUGCGUAAUACAGGAAUACUCCACGAACAAUUGGAGGCUCUAGUGGGCUCUAGAGGCCUAGAUCUGAACAGCUUCUCAUUCUCUGGCUUAGUCCAAAAUGAGGCCAGCAGCUGAGCACAGAUGUUUCAUGCUCUGAAUGGACAAAAAAAAAAA